UGCUCCCUGUGCAGAAUGCCCCUCCUCGGCCAAAGACAUUGCAGGAGGGUGAAUAAAGAAGUGAUGCGGAAGGAGUGAAGAGAGAUGAGCGGAGCCUCCCCCAGCAUCACCCUCCCCUGAUGAGACACCAAGCUGCUCACAUGCUGACAGUUACUUCCACAGACAGAGACCUUUUGUAUGUCUGCCCACUGGAGGGCAAUAAGUACAAUGCAUCGACCUAGUGGGGUGGGCAGCACCUUCUCCAUAGACUCUUUGAUUGGGACCCCAGCAGUGAGACCAGGACAAGUUCUCUACACCGGCUACCCCAUGUUCAUGCCCUACAGACCUCUGGUGAUUCCUCAGAAUUUACCUCCAUCUCCAUUGCCUCCCAUGGGUCCGAUGUCCUCAUACAACGAGCGCUUGAAUAACACUUUUUGUGCCAGCCUUGGGCCAGGACUUCCCUCCAUGGUGGCUCUCACAACAGCUCUGCCCAGCUUCAGAGACUUGCCUGAUGGAUUUUAUGCUCAGAAAUCUCAGAGUGGAUCUCCAAACUCUGCCGACGGAAACAGACAGCAAGAAUCUCACAAGACCGAGGAGAAAAGUCCUGACCAAACCACCUACUCGGAAUCCUACCCCAACCUGGCAGGAGACUCCAAGUUGUACAGCUCAGAUGAAGAAAAGAUGGGGGAAAAAACCUCAGAACCAGGCUGCAGUGACCAUGAUGAAGAGGAGACUUCUGGGUGGAGAGCUGUGAUGGAACCUUCCAGAUCAAGCGCAAAGCCCAACAAGGCCAGGACUAAGGGGAAGGCCUCUCAAGACCCAUGCAGAGAUGGAGCAGGGACUUCUGGCAAAACGAGACGCAGGACAGCAUUCACCAGUGAGCAGCUCCUGGAACUUGAAAAGGAAUUCCACUGUAAGAAAUACCUCCUCUCAGAGAGGUCUCAAAUUGCCCACACUCUUAAACUCAGUGAAGUGCAGGUGAUUUGGUUCCAGAAUCGCAGAGCAAAAUGGAAACGCAUCAAAGCUGGGAAUGUCAACAGCCGUGCAGGUGAACCUGUUCGGAAUCCAAUUGUGGUACCCAUCCCCGUGCAUGUCAACGUUUCACUGUCAGGACCCAACAGUUGGAAGGGGCCCGGCAUAGAGGGCAGAGAAACUCAUGAAGGAUUAGAUGUAGAGAGCAUAAAGGAGUUGCAAUAUAAUCUGGAAAGGACAAACCAUAGAUUCUGGAAUAUCUGACGUGUGUCCAUGAACAAGGACAAUCUUGUCUGGAGUUAGAGUUACCCCUUACCAUUAUCAUCACUUUUCCAAAGGCAGGAGGGUAAAUACAGCCUGUAAAGAUUGCUAAUUGACCUGGUCAUUCGACUUGGGCCAUGCCUGUGGGUGGACCAGGUGGAUGGGGCCCAUGGAUGUUCAUGUAACUUUACGUGUAGGACUAAUGGUAAAGAACUGAGAUGUAAAGGCACCCAAAGUUUUCUCUUUAAAUUCUACAAAUUUAUGCCCUCCUGCAUUCAUAUAGUAUAUGUCCAGUGUAUGCUUCAUCAUAGAGCAUCUCCAGAGCCACUCUACAGGAGACUACAACUACACUGCUCCACGGGAAUGGGUUAGAAUGACUACCUGAGUGGUCCAGUUUGACUACAUACAUACAUCUAUAUAAGGUGAGGUGGCCCAAGACAUUCUACCUGGUGUAAGAGAUUACUUCUCCAAGCUACUGGCUCGAGGGGAUAAACUGACUAGAAAAUCCAAGCAACACUGGUGAGAGGUUAUUACCUCUGCCCGGAGGGCGGAGCGGGGUGGAGCUGGUCAAUCAAUAAUGGUGAAGGUUUUGUUAGUAAAGUUCAGGCAGUUUUGGGUGCAAGAUGUCCCUCCAUGCAUGGAAGAUGGGAGGUUCCUUCAAGAAAUACCAGCUUCUUCAAAUGCUGCAAGACUCUCAAUGAACUCCUUAAUAGGGUCUCUUCUUCUGACAUUGUGAUCUUGUCUCCUUGGGGUCACCUUCGCCCCAUUUAUGAUGACUAUCACAGCAAUCUAUGUAAUAUGUCAUACCUCGACAUCCUUCAAUACUUCCCUUCUUUAUGAACAAAAUCUUGAGAUAGCGUGCCUUCUCCUUGAAGACCAUAGAUAUCUCAAUAUCCAAAGACUUGUGUGGAUGCAGAAAGCGACAAUCAAAUGAAAUAUUAUUUAUGGCUGGUGUCAACUGACCGUCCAUAUGUGAACAGUCCAUGUCCAGAAUAAUUGUUGUGAUGCCUCAAUCAUCCAUCUUAUAGUGGUCACCCACUGCUAAUCCAGCAAGAACUUCUCCACAGGCCUCCAUUCAUGAGGACUUUACAGUCAGUGUGCGGAUCAUAUAACCAUAGCCGAUCCCUUCAGAAGGUAUUCACUGCUGGCAAAGAAUAGAGGACUGCCACUUAGACACAAUGCAGACGAGCAGUAAA